AUGGAAGUUUUAAAGAACAUUAGAAUUUAUCCUUUGUCAAACUUCAUCACAUCAACCAAGAACUAUAUAAACCUACCAAAUGAAUUAAGAAACCUAAUUAGUGAAGAGCAGGAGAGUAAACUAGGGUUCUUGCACAUCAUUGAAAGUGAUUUUAAACCUUCGGUAGCGCUGCAAAAGUUGGUGAAUUGUACUACGGGGGACGAAAAGAUCCUAAUCAUAGAUAUAGUAUCAAUAUGGUCCCAACAAAAGCAAAGACAGCAUGGCGCGAUCUACAUGAAUUCGCUAUCUUGCAUAAACAUCACGGGAUUAAUCGUAUUUCUAGAGUUACUGUAUGACUCUCCCAUGGAUGCGUUAAGGAGGUGCCAGGUUGAUAAUUUCAACUUUCAAUUACGAGGAAUAGUAAUCGACAAUUUGUCUUUCUUGAAUUUUGAAAGCGACAAAAACUAUGAUGUAAUAAAUUUAUCGAAAUUUGAAAAACUGUUUAAGAUUCUAAGGAAACUAAGAGAAUUUUUGGGCUGCUGGAUCAUCACCAAAAGUUUUCCCACAGACUUCUAUAAUGGUAUCGAAAACACCUUAGUUGAUAAGUGGUCAAUCAAGAGGAAAAGCGGCGUUACACUGUACCCCACAAAACUACCUGAUUCAUACAUGAAGGGAAUGGAUCUGAUAAUCUACAGAGAAGUUGUUGACGGCAGGCCACAGUACAGAAGGAUAGCCGCACUUGAAGAAUGA